CAAGUAGUUGACCUUCUUCCGCCGUAGGACAUUGUUCGAAAAUGAUUUCGAUACCGAAAUCAGCGGUGUUCACCGCAGCCACACAAAUUGUAAAUAGUAAUGCAGUCUCAGCAUCACCAGUUUUAUCCAAUAAACUCAAUAAAUUAUUUGUAUACAAAACUAACAAGGAGAAAUCGAACCUGCCGAAGUCGGCAAUAUCCGCAGUUGCCGGAAUAGGAGGACCUUCACAGGUGAGGUUAGUUCAUACAGAUAUUCGAGUGCCAGACUUUGCCGAUUACAGAAAGGAAGGAAAUCUCGACAACAAAAAAUCUAAUACAAAUGAAGCACCUACUCGAAACUUCAGUUAUUUACUUGCUGGAGCUGGAGCCCUGGGAGGUGUAUAUUUAGGAAAGUCAGUGGUUGAAGGAGUGCUUUUCAGUAUGGCAGCAACAAAGGAUGUGUUGGCUAUGGCCAAGGUAGAGGUGAAAUUAGAUGACAUCCCCGAGGGGAAAAAUAUGGUGUUUAAGUGGCGUGGGAAGCCCCUGUUUGUCAGACAUCGUACUUCUGAAGAAAUUGACACUGAGAAAGGUGUAAAUCUUGGUGAACUUCGGGACCCUCAGCAUGAUGAUGAUAGAGUACAGAAUCCAAAAUGGCUAAUUGUUCUUGGUGUUUGUACACAUUUAGGCUGUGUGCCUGUGGCAGAAGCAGGUGACUUUGGCGGCUAUUAUUGUCCAUGCCAUGGAUCCCAUUAUGACACCUCUGGUAGAAUCAGGAAAGGUCCAGCACCACUCAACUUGGAAGUUCCGUUUUACGAGUUUUUAGAUGAUACCACAGUCGUUGUCGGUUAACAUCAGUAUUGAUUAGGACUUGAAUAUGUGAAUGCGCAAAAUGUUUUGGAAGUUUACAAACAUGUUAAACUGGUAGUACAUUUAAUUGGAACUGAAAUUUAAUCUGAAAAUUUUCUUUGAUCUUCACCAAUGUUCUUUUAAGAAAGAAUACACCAGUGUUGACUCUAUUUUGACAUUAUGUGAUACCUUUAAUAAUCUUAUGUAAGUAUGAAGUUGAAUAGUAAAUGUUAUUGUGAAGUGUU